AUGCUAAAGAAGAGAAAUAUGCAAAUAAAUGGCUCUUCUAAAUCUGCGUCUGGUUUAAUGCUUAGAACAUACAUGCUUUAUGGAAAUAGUAAGCCUGAUGAUCCAUUUAAAAGCAGCUUCUUUGACAAGGCCGUGCGAUAUGUAUUUUGGCACAAGUAUACAUGUGUAUGUAUCCCCGUGCAAGAGGAGGGUGCCACUAUACAUGAACUUGUUUAUGGAGUGUCCAAGUAUUGUAUACAUAUUUUUCGAGUAAGGGACGUGUGCGUGUAUACAUAUUGUGAGAGCAUCGCCUCAUCAUAUAACACAGCAUAUAACAUAUGUCCUAUAGCAUAUAACACAGCAUAUAACAUAUGUCCUAUAGCAUAUAACACAGCAUAUACCAUAUGUCCUAUAGCAUAUAACACAGCAUAUAACAUAUGUCCUAUAGCAUAUAACACAGCAUAUAACAUAUGUCCUAUAGCAUAUAACAUAUGUCCUAUAGCAUAUAACACAGCAUAUAACAUAUGUCCUAUAGCAUAUAACACAGCAUAUAACAUAUGUCCUAUAGCAUAUAACACAGCAUAUAACAUAUGUCCUAUAGCAUAUAAUACAGCAUAUAACAUAUGUCCUAUAGCAUAUAACACAGCAUAUAACAUAUGUCCUAUAGCAUAUAACACAGCAUAUAACAUAUGUCCUAUAGCAUAUAACACAGCAUAUAACAUAUGUCCUAUAGCAUAUAACACAGCAUAUAACAUAUGUCCUAUAGCAUAUAACACAGCAUAUAACAUAUGUCCUAUAGCAUAUAACACAGCAUAUAACAUAUGUCCUAUAGCAUAUAACACAGCAUAUAACAUAUGUCCUAUAGCAUAUAACACAGCAUAUAACAUAUGUCCUAUAGCAUAUAACACAGCAUAUAACAUAUGUCCUAUAGCAUAUAACACAGCAUAUAACAUAUGUCGUAUAGCAUAUAACACAGCAUAUAACAUAUGUCCUAUAGCAUAUAACAGCAUAUAA